GCUCGCUCACGACUUCCUCUAUCUCUCUCUCCCAGUCAAUCUGUUUUUUGUUUUUUUUAAUCAACGUGAUAGCAGGCAGUUUCUGCAUACCAGUGUUAGUACUGGCAGUAAAAUAAUGGCUAAUGUGGCUGCUUUCCUUUUUCUUCUGCUCUUAUCAUCAGGGGGGAACCUGAUUGUGGUUAAUGGACAGAGGACACGGUGUGUGGCUAAGCCUUCGUCAGAUCAGGCCACACUUUUAGCAAACAUAAACUAUGCUUGCUCUCAAGCGGAUUGCCGGAAUCUGCAGAGAGGGCGUCCAUGUUUCAUGCCUGACAAUCUCAUGAACCAUGCUUCUAUUGCCAUGAAUCUUUAUUAUCAAGCUAAGGGAAGAAAUCACUGGAACUGUGAGUUCAGAGGUUCUGGUCUCAUUGUUGUCACUGACCCAAGUUAUGGGAAUUGCAUUUAUCCAUAGCAAUGGAAAAUAAAAAGCUAGCUGUAGAGGUGGGAGAAGCAAGGUUUUGGUUGGUCCAUGAAGUCUUUGCCCAUUGUAUCUGUGGGUUAUUGUUCAUGUGUCCGUUUCUAUUCAAAUUUGUAAUCCCUCCCUUAAUUGUCUUGCUGACAAUAAUUUAUUUUAAUUUUCAGUUAAUAAAUUAUGAAAUUAAUUAAA